AUGGAUUUGGUAACGAGUUGUAAGGAAAAAUUGACACAUUUUCGUAUAAAAGAGCUUAAAGAUAUUCUUACUCAACUUGGGCUUUCCAAACAGGGAAAGAAACAGGAUCUUGCUGACCGGAUAUUAGCUAUUAUAUCAGAUGACAGAGUUUCUGGGAUAUGGGCUAAGAAAAGUGUCGUUAGGAAAGAAGAAGUGGCAAAACUAGUUGAUGACAUGUACAGAAAGCUGCAGAUCCCAGGGGCAACUGAAUUGGCAUCAAAAGGUCAGGGUGUUUCAGACGUCACCAUUAAUAAUAAUAACACAACAUUCAAGGAGGAAGUUGAAGAUAGUUAUCAGAGUGAAAAAGUUCGAUGUCCAUGUGGAACUUCACUGCAAGCAGAUUCAAUGAUAAAGUGUGAAGAUAAAAAAUGCAACGUGUGGCAACAUAUUGCUUGUGUUAUUAUUCCUGAAAAGCCAAUGGAGGGUAUUCUACCACCUCCUCCUCCAGUUUUCUAUUGUGAAAUCUGUAGACUUGGACGUGCAGAUCCAUUCUGGGUAACCAUGGGACAUCCUUUAUAUCCUGUGAAGCUGAGUAUUGCAAAUGUCCCUACAGAUGGUACAAAUCCAGUACAGAGUGUUGAAAAAACUUUUCAGCUUACAAAAGCUGACCGGGAUUUGUUGGCAAAACCUGAGUUUGAACUUCAGGCUUGGUGUAUGCUUUUGAAUGACAAGGUUUCUUUUCGGAUGCAAUGGCCACAAUAUGCAGAUUUACAAAUCAAUGGUAUGCCUGUGCGAGCUCUCAAUAGACCUGGCUCCCAACUUCUUGGAGCCAAUGGACGUGAUGAUGGCCCACUUAUCAUGCCAUACACCCGUGAUGGAAGCAACAAAAUUUCCUUGACAGGCGUUGAUGCUCGAGUCUUCUGUUUGGGUGUCAGAAUCAUGAAACGCCGCACAGUUCAACAGAUUAUGAAUAUGAUUCCCAAAGAAUCUGAUGGUGAGAGAUUUGAAGACGCGGUUGCACGCGUUUGUCGCUGUGUUGGCGGUGGGCCCGCUGCAGAAAACGCAGACAGCAACAGUGAUUUGGAGGUUGUUGCCGAUUCUAUACCCGUUAAUCUCCGCUGCCCAAUGAGUGGUUCAAGAAUGAAAAUUGCUGGAAGAUUCAAACCUUGUGCUCACAUGGGCUGCUUUGAUCUUGAUGUAUUUGUACAAAUGAAUCAACGUUCACGAAAGUGGCAAUGCCCCAUUUGUCUCAAGAACUACUCCUUGGAGAAUGUAAUUAUUGAUCCAUAUUUCACUCGUAUCACAACCAAGAUGAGGAACUGUGGAGAAGACGUGACAGAAGUUGAAGUGAAACCAGAUGGAUGUUGGCGUGUAAAGGCAGAAAAAGAUAUAAAAAAUUUAGGGGAACUUUCACAAUGGCAUUCACCCGAUGGAACUCUCUGUAUUCCAAUGGAAGCAGAAUCCAAACCAAAACCAAAACCAAAACCAGAAGCUUUAAAACAAGUCAAACAAGAAGGCGUUUCAGAAGGUCAUACAAGUCUAAAACUCGGGAUUAAAAAAAACCGAAACGGAAUUUGGGAAGUCAGUAAACCAGAAAAUCCACUUUCUCUUUCUUCAGGGAAUAAACAACCCGAAAACUUAAAUGGUAUUAUCCACUCUGGUAUUCCCAUGAGCAGUAGCGCUACUGGAAACGGUAGAAACAGUGAAGAUCCUAGUAUUAAUCAGUCCACUGGAGGAGGAGGGCAUUUUGGUCAUUCCACCACCAACGGAUCCCUUUCACCAAACUACGGAUUCAAUUUCAAUCCGUCUUUCACAGACGUUAUUGUUCUCAGUGAUUCAGAAGAAGAGACUGAACCUGAACCUGAACCGGUUUAUAAAAACAAAAACAACGGAGUUUCCUUUUCUACCCCUCUUCCAAAUCCAGAUGAUCCGAGUCUUAUACCUGGUGGGAGUUCAUGUCUUGGGCUUUUUAACACCAAUGAAGAUGAUUUCGGGGUACCCUUUUGGUCAUUACCUUCCACUAGUCAAGUGGGGCCUAGCUUUCAGUUAUUUGGUUCAGAUGAAAACCAAAUGGACCCCAUGGGUUCUGUUCCUUUACUUCCCGAAUCCUCAAUUUACCAAAAUACCCUCGACAUAAACGAUGGUUUGGUUGAUAACCCGUUAGCGUAUGGACACGAUGAUCCGUCGCUUCAGCUCUUUCUUCCGACGAGACAAGCUGACGUGGCGGCGGAGCAGGCGGAGUUACGCGAUCCGCCGUCUGUGUCAAAUGGUUUGCAGGGUGACGAUUGGAUUUCUCUCAGCCUCGGCAGCGGUGGCGGUGGUGGUGGUGGUGGCGGUGGAGUUGGCGGCAGUGGGGUGAAUUUUGAAAGUAGCGCCGCGAACGGGUUGAACUCCGGUCUGCAACCGCCGCGUGGAGAUGGUGGUUUGGAUUCGCUGGCGGAUACGGCUUCUUUGCUUACUGGAAUGAAUGGAAGUAGCAAAAGAGAAAGAUCUGAUAACCCUUUCUCGUUUCCUAAGCAAAAGCGUUCUAAGAACACUAGGUACAAGGUAGAGAGCACUUCCAGACCCUCAUUUGGUGUGGUAUAAUAUAAUAGAUUCUUUGUGAUCAACUGACUUGUACAAGAGAAGCGUAUUUGGUGGUAUAGCAAUUAGCAAUAGCAUGUUUUGGUAGGAAGGAGUAGCUUGUAAAUGUCAUUUGCUCACAAAACUUAUCUUUUACUUAUUUAAUACAACAAGCAAGCAUCUGGAGUUAUUAUAAGUUGAUUGAUUCUAUACCCCAUGCCACUUUCUCCUUGUAUGUCACCC